AUGAGUCUUUCGCCACCAAAGCGAGUUGCUCGAGCUGCUCAACAAGCUCUCCAACCUUCGAUCGACUCCAAUAUCGACAGCGUGCCGGCCAACGCUGUCUCUCCCGCUGCAACUCGCCCACAUACCUCGAAACACCCUUCCUGGGUUGGUCCCAAACCUCCCGGCAGAAAGACUCCCAGCAUCGUCCCAAUGAAGCAACCGAUCACCAUCACGUUCUCCUCUCCUGGCCUACGCCCGCCUGUCUACAUCGGCACCGACCUCACCGAUCCACAAUGGGACCCUGUAGAGAUGGACGGCGAGCAGACGGACAAGGGCGAGUACACCUUUUGCAAGUCGUUCAUGGCUGAGGAGGGCGAAUAUCAAUACAAGCUUCGUCUUGGGCCGGGCGAUUGGUGGAUAUGUGAUGAUAGCAAGCCAAAGGUGGAUGAUGGGAACGGCAAUGAGAACAAUCUGGCAGUCGUCGUAGCGGACCCGACCCCACCUCCACCUCCAAGCAAGGACGAGCAACAUCCAUCUCUCGACACGGUCGAUUCUGUCACGGGCUCGAGUGCUAGUGGUUCUGGACCUCUUUUCCGACAUGAGACUCUGGCCCCGCCAGCUGGGGCACCGCGAGACAAGGAAGAUGACGAGGAGGUUGAACGUCCACCGCUCUUGCGACACGAGUCUAUUGCACCGUCAUCCCACGAGCAGAACCACUCGCCGCUAUUCCGACACGAAAGCAUGGCCAUCGACGAUAAGCUUCACAAUGAGCCACCUCCCCAAUUUCGCAAUGCUCGCAAGUCCAGCAGCGACUCGAUCCCGCAGGAGGCCGAUCCCAACGACCCAUCACUGGAAGUGUUCCCAACUGACCACAAGGGCAUCAUGGAACACCUGAAUCGCACGCGCAGCUCGAUUCAGGAAGACGAGACCUCGGACGACGUCGCUAGCCCAUCACAAUCACCUGCAAACUCGGCUAUUGCAAGUGUGUCACCGUCAUUGCCAAGCGUUCGGGAAGAUGAGGACGGUGAACUGGACCACCUGCGUGAAGAAGCUGGACGAGCUGUCGAUGCAGAGAAUGAGGAGCUAUUGUCGCCCAAUUCUGACGUACCGACGCUGCGUAUUGUCGAUGUUGACAUGGACAGACCGGCCGCUCCCAUCACACCACCUGAGACGCCAAAGGAAGACGAUGACGAUAAGGAGCUUGUGGACAGCCCGAUGACUUCGCGGAUGAAAGUGGAGCAGUUGAAGCAGGUAGUUCGUGAGAAGGUCACCAGGGCGCAGGAGAAGCUUCAGGAAAACACAGAACAGGUCAAAAGUUCUGCGAUUCCUGGAUUUUUCCUCGUCCUUUCAUUCGCCGUGGCACUCGCAUCAGCGGGCGUUGCUUGGUGGUACAUCAAGACUGGAGCCGACAAUGUCGUGGUAGAUGGAUGA